GAUCGCCGACUUCAGCAAACAAUGACGACCGAACCUGUCGCUGUAGAAAAACUAAGAGGAGGAAAAUGACGGAGAAAUCACGGCUUUGAAGAACAUACGUAGUAUUGGGCGUAGCAGGGACGCAAUACAGUAGGAAACGUGCAAAUUUGAGUGGACUGGUCAGUCACCUUCGUAUCCAUGAUGGCAGUUGGAAGAAAGCCCCCAAAUAUGUUGGAGAGGAGGGUCAACAAAACACUUUACAAAAUAUCCCCACCAAAGCUUGUGAAAUCCAGAUGGAUGGAGGUCUUUCUAAUGGGGAUAAAAGUCAUUGCACUUGUACUAUUCUACUAUACAUUUUCCAUCAGCCUUACGUUCUACAAUAAAUGGCUAUUCCACGACUUCAAAUUUCCUCUUACGAUCACCAUCAUUCACCUUGCAGUAAAGUUUGUAAUAGCCCUUAUUCUGAGAAGUCUGAUUCAAGCUUGUACCUCAAUUAAACCAGUCUCUCUUAGCUGGCUAACCUAUGCUAAGAUAGUCACACCAACAGGUAUAACAAGUGCAUUGGACAUUGGUUUUUCCAACUGGAGUCUGGUCUUCAUUACCAUCUCUCUCUAUACAAUGUGCAAGUCAUCUGCAAUCAUUUUCAUCCUUGUCUUUGCAAUAGCAUUCGGUCUUCAAAAACCACACUGGAUGCAGGUUAUCAUUGUGGUGCUUAUAGCUGUAGGUCUCUUCAUGUUUACAUAUGAAUCAACUCAAUUCAACCUUGAAGGAUUCGUCUUAGUCCUUGCAGCAUCAUUUCUCAGUGGUCUCAGAUGGUCUUUAGCUCAAAUAUUAACUCAAAAAGAAGAAACAGGUUUACGCAAUCCAAUUGAUAUAAUCUACCACCUGCAGCCUGUCAUGAUACUUGGUUUACUUCCACUUGCCAUCGCAGUAGAAGGAGUAAGGAUUUGUUCAACAGAGGACUUCUUGGGUUUUACUGAUAUCCAUACAUUUACAUUGACAUGUACGAAGCUUCUAUUUGGUGCUUGUUUGGCUUUUAUGUUAGCCAUGUCAGAGUACUUACUUCUAUCACGCACAUCAACACUAACUCUCUCAAUAUCAGGGAUAUUCAAGGAAAUCUGUACGUUAUACAUUGCAUCACAAAAAGGAGAUGAAAUGUCAGCUCUGAAUUUCAUUGGGAUGGUCGUCUGUCUUUGUGGAAUAUCCUUACAUGUUGGACUUAAAGCACUAGAAACUAAACGUUCUUCAGAAAACCCUUCACAUGAUGUCAAGGAUGACAUGGAAAGCCUUAUAAAUGAUGAUAGCAGUGAUGAACAAGAACUCUAUGUCAGGAAAAUAGUUGUUACAAAAUUAUAGCAGGAGAAUUCAAAAAUUGAUAAGAUAAUACUAAGCCAGGUGACUAAUCUCUAUAAAGAACAUUUGUAAGACUAUUAUAUAAAGCAUGUUUUUGUCUAGGAAAAGGGUAAAUGUAGUUACAAUAUCCCUCACAUGUAGUUGUUGUUCUAUUUAACAUCAAUAAAGGUAUCUUCUCCCAGCUUGGAGGUUGAUUGCAAUCAUUGUUUGAUACCACGGUUACCAUGGUGGAUGGUAAUUUGGACAAAAAUACCAUGGUUACCAUGGUUCUUUUUUAUAAGGGGUGCAUUUUUCCACACAUCCUGUUAUCUGCCAUUCUAGUACACUCUGGCAGUGUCCUUCCACUCCCUGUCUUAAUGUUUUGCUCUUGGUCUGGUACCUUCAACUUUUCUAGAUAUUACAAGAUACAGUAUGUCUUUUUAUAAGGCCGUAGUAUUAUGCCUUUCUUUCUUGAACUAUUCCUAUCAGGGCAAGUCCACUCCAAAAAUAACUCACUUUCAAUGUCAUGCAUGCAAUAUGAUACAAAUCAUAUAACCUGGGCAAAGGCAUGGGGAAAUCAAAUUUUGGGGGAUAAAAAGAGAAAUUAAUGGGAAUAAAGUAUAUAAAGCAAUUCAUAAAUAGUGAGGACAUGUCAUCACAAACUAAUAACCAAAUUGGCAAUUUGUGUAGGGAUUUCAAUUGUUCUAUAGUUUUACAUACUUUUUCAA